AGAAAAAAGAAAGGUUUAAGAGUUCUUGUGUUCAAUUUCUGUUUUUUUUCGCAUCGUUUUAAUCUUUAAACCACCGAUCCACAUUUUCGAUGUGCCUUUACCAUAAGAAUCCGUGAAAUUGAAUUUUCUCCGCCGGCGUCCUUCAAUUUUCUCCGUCUUCUAUCAAAACCCUAAACCGACCGCACCGUCCCCUGCGUUUUCUUCCGGCGUCGUCUUCGCUGCGAAACCGAGAAGAAAGAAGCUUUUUGAUGGCGGACACCGAAAUGCAAGAGCAAGAAUUGCCUUCUGCUCCCGUUGAGACCAAAUGUGCAGAUGAAGAGCCUUCCGAACCAGUGAAGGACCAAAACUCCAUUGAAAGACCUCAGUCCCCUGUUCCCGAGGAUAAGACUCUUACUUUGGAGACUGAUGUUCAUUUAUCUGAUGCUCCUCCCAUUACUAAUGAAAACAUUACCAAUGAAACUGAGGCUAGUGAAGAGGUAGGUGGUCAGAACAGUGUUGAUGGGAAUAAUGGUGAUGUUGAUCAGUCUCAGAAGAAGGUUACGAGUGAUGGAGGUCAAGAGGAGACAACACUGGGGGAACCAUCGACUCCUCAAGCUGCUGGUGAAAGUGUUAAAAAGUGGAGGACGUGGUUGCUGAAUGAUUCUGAGGUCAGGGAAGUUGAUGAAACAGGAACGCCAGAGGAUCAAGAGGCGUUUAUUAAAGAAGUGGAGGCCUUCCACAAGGAGAAUUUCCUGGAAUUUAAAGCUCCCAAGUUUUAUGGACAGCCCUUAAAUUGUCUCAAGCUAUGGCGAGCCGUCAUCAAGUUAGGUGGCUAUGACGUGGUCACCACAUCUAAGCUAUGGCGGCAAGUUGGAGAAUCCUUCCAUCCUCCAAAGACAUGCACUACAGUCUCCUGGACAUUCCGCAUUUUCUAUGAGAAGGCACUUUUAGAGUAUGAAAAGUUUUUAAGGCAAAAUGGUGAGCUUAACCUUCCUGGCUCAGCUUUUCUUCCAUCUUCCGGCCUUGAAAAAGAGGCAAGUAGCCAUCAAGGUUCAGGGUCAGGCAGAGCACGAAGAGAUGCUGCAGCUCGUGCUAUGCAGGGUUGGCAUUCUCAGCGCCUUCUUGGAUCUGGGGAGGUUACUGAGCCUAUUGUUAAGGAUAAAGGCUUAAAUUCAACCCCGAAGCAAAAGAACCUCAAAAAUAUUGGUGUCCAGAAACAAAAAACACCAACUGGCGUGGACCUUGUUUUAUCACAUGAAACAGACAAACAGUCAAAUGCCGAGGUUAUUGAUGUUGGACCCCCUGCGGACUGGGUGAAGAUAAAUGUCAGAGAAACUAAAGACUGCUUUGAGAUAUUUGCGCUGGUACCUGGACUUCUUCGCGAAGAGGUCCGCGUUCAAUCAGACCCUGCAGGGCGGCUAGUUAUAGCAGGGCAACCUGAGCAGCUUGAUAAUCCUUGGGGAAUCACACCUUUCAAAAAGGUUGUGAACUUUCCAGCAAGAAUCGAUCCGCUGCAUACAUCAGCGGUUGUGAGCCUCCACGGGCGACUGUUCGUGCGAGUCCCAUUUGAGCAGUGACCUGACUCAACCCAAAGUUCUUUAUUUGUUCCUUUGAUGAAUUCGAGGAUCUAGGUUCUUUAGGAAUUUGUCAGAACAAGAAAAGAAAAACGUUAGCAAAUGUGAUAGUUCGACUGUAACAUUGAUGUUCCACUGAAGUUAGUAGGAGGCUGCUCCUGAUUCUCAAGUCAAGGAUGCCACCGACAAUAACAGUGUGGUAUGAAUUUGGAAGGUUAUGAUUUUCAAA